AUGGGCUUCUACCAGCUCAAUUCUUCCCACAAGGAAGCAGAAGCAUCACUCUACGAAUCGUCAGAGCUGUCCUUGUGUGAAGUCGAAGAGAUGCAUUGUGAGAUUGAGGAUACCACGGAUAUCAUGGACAUGGACAUGGACAUGGAUGUAAGUUCUGCUUCUAGUGCGAUGGAUAUUGACAGCGAUGAUGAGAAUGACGGGAAUGAUGAUGAUGAUGAUGAUGAUGAUGGUGGUGGUGGUGGUGAAAUUCCCUUCCACACUCUCCAUAGCCACACCACCCUCCAACAAUCGCAGAAUCAGAAGCGAAAGAGAAACAUGCUCAUCCCCGUGGCCGUCAACCCAACCCCAACCGCUAUCUCCGCGAAUAGUGUCACACCACGCAUAACGAGACCGCGAGGCUUCUUCAGACGAGAGCCGAUCUCGGUACCUGUCAUGCGAUUGAGGGAGAAGUGGAAGGAGAGUGUCAGUAUUAGGGCUGAGUCUGCGUUGUGGUCUGGAUUCGAGUUUGGGAAUGGGUUCGGGUUUGGGGUGAUUCAAACUGGGUCUGGGACUGGAUCUGUUGGUGGCGCUGAAUUUGGACGAGGACCAGGACGAAAGCAAGUGAGGUUUUAUCGGGGGAGGGAGGUUGGGGUGAACCAUGGAUUGCCUUAUUGA